AUGACGGAGCAGCUCCUACUCGGUGCGAUCCGGCCAGUUGUGGGUAGCAAUGCCCGGCUUUGGCAGUUGCUUCCUCACGCCAAUAACACGCCUCGGUCUCUGCAAUCGGAACAUAUACCUCGUGCGUUGGCAUUUUACGAGCUCUACGACUCGGUAGGUGACUGGGGCUCGUGUCGAGAGCUCUUAGAGUCUGCCCUCCUCCAGCUUCACCAGGCCAAAGGCGAGAAGCAUCGAGACUCGAUAUGGGCUCUGUGGAGACUUGCCACUGCUUUACAUUCCUGUGCUCAAUUUGACGCCGCUGGGAAUAUGCGACGAGAGAUACUCACUUGGGAGAUUGAGAACCAUGGAUCGCGGGAUCCCGAAACCAUAUCUGCAAUGAAUAACCUCACAAACACCGUUGAAGAUCGUGGCCAGUGGGCCGAGGCGGAGAGGAUGAGACGAGAGGUGCUUUCUUUACGAUUAGGCGUCCUUGGAAGGCAACAUCCAGCCACCGCCAUGGCAAUGAACAACCUUGCAUGUAGCUUGGCGCAUCGUGGUCAGUGGCCCGAGGCAGAAAGGAUGAGACGAGAGGUGCUUGCUUUGCGACUAGAGGUCCUUGGAGGGCGACAUCCAGACACAUUCAUGGCAAUUAAGAACCUUGCAUAUAGCUUGGCUGAUCGUGGUCAGUAUGUUGAAGCAGAAAGGAUGACACGAGAGGUGCUCACUCUGCAGAUGGAGAUCCUUGGAAGGCGCCAUCCAGACACCAUAACUGCAAUUGACUCUCUUGCAUACAUAUUGACUAAGCGCUCUCAGUGGGUCGAGGAAGAAAAGAUGAGGCGAAAAGUACUCGCUGCGCGGCUGGAAAUCUUUGGGGACGGCAUCCGGACACAAUCCUGGAUUAAGGCAGAAAAGAUACAACGGAACGUACUCGCUCUGCGGCUGGAGAUCCUUGGAGGACGGCAUCCAAAUACAGUUUCGGCAAUGGAUAGCCUUGCAAACACAUUGGUCAAUCGUGCCCAGUGGAUUGAGGCAGAAAAAAUACGACGGGAAGUGCUUGCUCUGCGGCUGGAGAUCUUUGGAGGGGGGCAUCCGGACACCACCAUGGCAAUGGGCAACCUCGCAGAUACGUUGCGUCUCUGUGGUCGACUCGUCGAGGCAGAAGAAAUGGAACGAGAGGUUUUCUCUCUAAAUCUAGGGAUCCUUGGAGGAGAACAUCCAAAUACCGUCCUUGCAAUAUCCAAUCUUGCUGAUACACUGCGCUCUCGAUUUGAGGAAGCCGCAAAGCUCCUGGGAGAGACCACUGAACUACGCGUCGCAGUCUUUGGGAAAGACCACUCUCACACUCGAGCUCCACAGGAACUUCUCAAAGAUAUCAUCUCUAUACAAUCUCAUGGCUCUGUUGGUGAACCACAAAUCCAUAGAUUCUUACUCCGUGACUAG